AUGAGCUCCCCCGAAGCGGGUUCCAGCAAAGCGCCGGCGCAAACAUCCCCGCCACCAUUACUGUUCAAGAAACGCGGCAAGGCCAACAACGCUUCACGCAUCUUCAGCACCGCCAUCGAUGACCCGUCACCGAGCACGACAGACAAUACGACGACUACGCAGACCGAUGCAACACAUACGGAAAAGGACGAAGUCUCCGUUCAGGAUUUGAUCGCUCUUCGUUCGCUUACACGCAAACCGACGGGGACCGAGCUGGAACGGCUCAACAACGGAGAGCGGAGGAAGAAGUCACGACAGAAGGACAAGAGCGCCGCGCAGCUGGAGGAGGAAAGAUGGGGGCAGCAGAUGAAGAACGGUGGUCUCAUGGCAGGUGCGAGCUCGAGUACGGCUGCAGCGAAUGACAACGAUGAGAGUGACGAGGACGAUGCGUCCAAGCCGCGACGUCUUGUGCGCAAAAACAACUUUCAGGGCGAGACCGGUACCGUCGACGUGGAUAAACACAUGAUGGCCUACAUCGAGCAAGAGAUGAACAAGCGCACUGGUCAUGCUUCCCUCGACUCAUCUUCCGCUGCAGUGCAAAAGGCGAUCCAUGACCCGCAAGAUCAGCUCUACGCCGUUGCCGAAAAGUACCGCCAACUUCAACGUUCCAUCAAGCCGGAACAAUCGCAAGAGGAGCGCGAAGGCAACGUCGCCCUCUCGGCUGCCAUGCUGAGCUCCAUCCCCGAAGUAGACUUGGGCAUAGAUACGAGGAUGAAGAACAUCGAGGACACCGAGCGAGCUAAGCGUCUGCUGCAAGAGAAGAACAAGAGCGGGGGAGCCGGACGAGUCUCGGCGGCGGAUCAGGCGUAUGCUAACGCGAGGUUCCAGCAGCAAAGACAGGCCACAGACAAGUCGGACUUUCCUACAGCACGCGAGAGUCAGGGCAGGGAAGAAAGGAAGCAGACGGCCACCGACCAUCUCGUCUUGGACCGCUUCAAGAAACGACAGCGCAACUUUCGGUAG